AUCUUUCAGCCACCGCCAAUAUCAGGCGUGCUGUCCAGGAAUGCAGUACCUACUGUUGCCCAAAAAGAUUAGUGCAUCCGCGCUGCGAUCCUUUUUGAUUACUUCAGCUUACAUCCGUUCAUCUGGACAAUGUUCUCUCUCCAAAACAUCGCGCAUGUUUAAAGGCAUCGCAGCCACCCUAGAGGGCGUCAUCUGACUCGCUCCCAGUCAGUACUUCGUCAACCCUAUCCUUUUCUCCAUUCUUUACAAUGAGCGAGACCCAACCUAUAAUCCACCUCGUCUUCUUCAAAUACCGUCCGGACAUAUCAUGGACAGAUUUUGAACGGCACUUCGAGUCGUUCAUGGCGCUCAAAGAAAGCUCCUUGAAUCCCCACACUGGCAAGCCGCUCAUUCGGUCUCUCAAGGCUGGCAAAAACCGUUCAUGGGAGCCAUACUCGAAGGGCAUGACGCAUGGAUUUGUGCUCGAGUUUGCUGAUCAGGACGAUCUGGAUUACUACUUGACAACUGAACCUGUGCAUCUGGCGUUCGCAAGAGACAGUAAAGCCUUGAUUGAGGAUAGCAUGGUAGUCGAUAUACAAGAUGGUGUGCUUUUUGGUCCUGCAGCCGAACAUCCGUCUGCAAAAGAAGACGGUGCAAGGAGUGGGUCUAACUACUUUAAAUUAUACUUAAACUCCCCUAUGAUCCUAGCACACAAACUCUAA